UGACAUAAAGGGGGAGUAUCCAGCUGAAUGUAAAAUGGUUUGUAAACUCCACAAGUCCCUAUAUGGGUUGAAGCAGGCAUCCAGACAGUGGAAUGCCAAACUUACAGCUUCUAUUUUAAGGUAUGGCUUUAAACAAUCCAUGUCAGAUUACUCAUUAUAUACAAUGAAAAAGGAAGAUGGAAGUUUUACUGCUCUAUUAGUUUAUGUUGAUGACAUCAUAGUUGGGAGCACAUCCAUUAAGGCAUCGGAUGAUGUAAAAGGGUAUCUAAAGUCACAGUUCAAGAUAAAGGAUCUAAGAAAUGUUAAAUAUUUCUUAGGCCUUGAGAUUGAUCAGUCAACUAAAGGAAUAUCCAUUUGCCAAAGAAAGUAUGUACUGGAUGUCUUAGAAAAUCAAGGAUUGCUUAGAUGCAAACCAAUGUCAACACCUAUUGACUACAAUCACAAGUUGAGUAAGGCUGAAGAAGAGGAGCAAUUAACUAAUCCCACAAGUUAUAGACAGCUAAUUGGGAAACUUCUAUAUUUGACAUUUACCAGACCAGAGAUCUCUUAUGCAGUUCAAGUCCUUUCACAGUUCAUGGACAAACCAGGGAGACAACACCUCAUUGCAGCACACAGGGUAUUGAAGUAUCAGAAAGGGUCACCAGGCCAAGGAAUCUUAAUGAAGGUAGGAACAAAGCCAAUAAUCUCAGCAUACUCAGAUAGUGACUGGGCAAGAUGCCUAGAAACUCGAAGAUCAAUAACAGGAUAUUGCAUACUUGUUGGGGAAUCAUUGAUAAGUUGGAAAUCAAAAAAGCAGCAGGUGGUGGCUAGAAGUUCAACAGAAGUUGAAUAUAGAUCGAUAGCAACUACAUGUUAUGAAGGGAUCUGGUUAAAAUUCUUACUUACAGACCUUGAUGCCAAACAUGAUGAAUCAGUAAACCUCUAUUGUGACAACCAAUCGACAUUGAAUAUCUACAACCAAUUCAGUGUUCCAUGAAUGAACGAAACAUAUACAGAUGGAUUGCCAUUUCA